AUGAGCGGGUUGUUCGGUCUUGCCUCCAGCUCCGACGAUCACACUCUAGAAGCUUUUGGUGAUUUUGUGCCAAGAGGCGGCCACACGAGUGGGCAGUGUGGUCAUUCUCCAUCUAUUACAAAUGAAGCCAAUGAUACGCCAUCUCCGUUUGCAUCUUAUUCCAAAGAAGUCAACCUUCUUAUCAUCGGUGCCGGUGUUUUCGGUCUCUCGGCAGCUUUACAUCUGCUUCGAAGAGGCUACAAGCACGUCACUGUACUCGAUCGGUCAGACGUUUUCCCUGCUCCCGAUGCUGCGAGCACAGAUAUCAACAAGAUUGUGAGAAGUAGUUAUUCGGAUGCGUUUUACACGCGGUUGGCGAAGGAGGCUAUUGAGUUGUGGAAAGGGGAUAAUGACACGUGGAACGGCUGCUACUUUGAAUCGGGGGUGGCUGUCCUAGGAAACCUGUCACCGUCAUCCGAUGGCUAUGCUGCCAAAGCGUACAGGAAUGAUAUUGAGCUUGGGCAGCAUGUUAUCACGAUUGAGAACCAUUCUGAUUUCGCUCCCUUCUUCGAUGGUGUAAAGUUAGGGGAAGCGUUCAAAUGUGGUUAUGUAAAUUUAGAAGGAGGGUGGGCCUUUGCGAGUAAAGGCCUAGAGUGUGCAAGGAAGACGGUAGAGCAGUUAGGUGGAAGAGUGGUCGGCGGUAAGAAGGUUGUACAACUCGUCUUUGAUGAUGAUGAUCCUGGUACAAAUGAGGUCGUCGGAGGGGAGGGGAAGUGUAAAGGCGUCAAAUUGGAGGGUGGGAUGGUGCUUGAUGCGGAUGUGACCAUUGUGGCAACAGGUGCUUGGACGGGUUCGUUGUUUGGGGAGGAGGGAACUGGGCUGGGUGAGGGGAAAGUCGUAGCUACAGCCCACUGGGUUGUGAUGGUUCAGUUAUCCGAGGAGGAGGCGGUUAGCUAUCGUAAGAUACCUGUUGUGCUAGAUUUCAAUACAGGAUUCUACCUGUUUCCGCCCAACCACGAUAACAUUGUGAAGAUGGCUUUCCAUAACUCUGGUUUUGUUGACUCCCAACCCCUCGCCUCUGCCCCCUCGAACACUCCCAGUUCGCCAACUGUCCCAACACCACGAACAACCCCACUGUGCCCCGGGACACACUUGGCUAUCCCUCAUCACCUCUCUGAUCAGCAUCGACAAUGUCUAACCGCCAUUCUUCCCGAGCUAGGCGCCAAACCGUUCAAAGGGACGAGGCUAUGCUGGUACACGGACACACCCGACGCCAACUGGAUCAUUGAUUGGCAUCCAAAGAGAAAGGGAUUAAUGUUCGCGACAGGCGGUUCUGGACAUGGAUACAAGGUGGGUGUCGCAAGCGAGUGGCGGCUGGCCCUCCCCCUGUGCCCUCGCACCCGUUAUCAUUCUACUUACCGACCGUUGUUUGGUGGUUGUCUCCAGUUCCUUCCUGUACUUGGACGUCUGGUGGCGGAUCGAUUUGAGGAAAGAUGGACGACAAUCUCGUCAAACGCUUUUCAUUCGGGAGGCGGCAGGGGUGAGGAUCCCUCCAGAAGGGUCAGGUUCCUGCCUUAUUCCAGGAAAAUCCAGGACUUGACAUGUAGUCGGGAGGCGCAUACGUUGCUACAAGCCAUAAUGGGCAGUUGA